GUCAUCACGAAUGAUAUCAUACAGGCAAUGAGAGAAGCAGUGCUUUGUGGGAAACAGAACCCUCCACAAUAUCGAGAAGCUAUAAUAGCACAAUUAGAAUAUCUUACAUGUUGUUGUCGAGGAAUUCAACCACCUGAUGAUAAAGUUGUCAUUUUAGAUGAUAUUGGGCAUGAAUUGCAGCAUGAAAAAAGCUUUUUUGCUACUGGUUCGAGUGUAGGACUUGUAAAUACUUUACUAGAAAUUACUAGUAACAUUGCGGAAAUAUGGUACCAUGAUAGUGAAGUUAUAGAAAUCUCGUUUCAACGAGAUCAUCAUUCUUAUUGGCUAGACACAGCAGCUGAAGUAGUGACUAUAUAUGGUUCAAAUAAUAAAUAUGGCAACGCUUUGAGGGAUAUGUUAGUUACUCUUACAUCCACUACUAUACAACAUAUUAGGAGUCAAGCCGAUAUGGAACAAUAUCCUGAUAUAGUUAGCUCCUACUUUUCUGUUCUAACAAAAUACCUUCAAAAAUGUCCGUUAUUAUUUUAUACAUUGCCCCCUGAUAUGUUCAAAAGUAUUUUGACAUUUUCCGUUGCAGGCUUAGGUUUACAGGAGAGGCUUGCACUGAAGUCUGCUGUGACCUUUAUGGGUGAAUUUAUUGGACAACAUUUCAAAGAGGAACAAUUCGCGAAAGGAGUAGAGAAUGUUAUGAUGAU